AUGACGGCGGUCACGGUGCUUCUCGGGCUGCUCGCUACAGGGGCGCUAGCCCUGGAGAACGGUGUGGGCAAACUCCCAGUUCUCGGGUUCAACACAUGGAAUCUGUACGGGUGUGAUUACACUGCCGACAUUCUGUUAGAACAGGCCCAAGCUAUCGUUGACCAUGGGCUUCUCGACGCUGGGUACAAUAAUUUCAUGCUUGACGAUUGUUACAGCCUGAAGGAGCGGAACAAGAAGGGCAACAUUGUCGAAGACCCCAAAAAGUUCCCCCACGGCAUGAAAGCCUUCACCACCUCUCUCUCCAAACUCGGCUUCCGCGCGGGCAUCUACAGCGACGCGGGCUAUCGCACCUGCGGCGGUUUCCCCGGAUCAUACGGCAACGAGGCGCGCGAUCUUAAAACCUUCACAGACUGGGGCUUCCAGUACCUCAAGUACGACAACUGCUACAUCCCCUUCGACAACGUCACGCAGGAGAACGUGUAUGGCCGAUACCAGCGCAUGGUCGACGCCAUCGCGGCGCAUGCGGAUAAGACCAAAACCGACCCAGUGCAACUAGCCUUGUGUGAAUGGGGAUGGCAGCAGCCGUGGGUAUGGGGUGCCCGCCUAGGCCAGUCAUGGCGAAUCGGUGGUGACAUCCGACCCUGGUGGUCUGCCCUCUCCUCCAUCAUCAACCAAGCCAGUUUCAUCGCCUCCUCCACCAAGUUCUCCGCCCGCAACGACCUCGACAUCCUCGAAGUCGGCAACACCGGCGUCGGCACCCCCCCGGGCAACCUAACCUUCGACGAAGCCAAAUCCCACUUCACCGCCUGGGCCUUACUCAAAUCCCCGCUGCUUAUCAGCUCCGACAUGGCCUCCGCCACGCGGGAAACCCUCUCCAUCCUCGAAAACAAAGACAUCCUCCGCAUCCACCAGGACCCCCACGUCGGCGAGUCGGUGGUACCCUUCCGCUGGGGGUGGAAUGCGGACUAUACCUGGGACCCGGCGCACCCGGCGGAGUACUGGACGGGGAACUCGUCGUAUGGGGUUGUGGUGAUGGUGCUGAAUACGCAGGAUGAGACGCGGGAGAUGGGGUUUAAUUUGACGGAGAGUUGGGCGGUGAGGGCGGGGAGGGGGUAUGAGGUGUAUGAUUUGUGGUCGCAUACUAGGAAUGGGACGGCGUAUCGGAAUGUGACGGUGACGGUGCCGGCGCAUGGGGUGGCGGCGUUGUUGUUGAAUGAUGCGGGGCCGGAGCCGGAGGGGUUGGAGCCGUUUUGUGGGGGGUGGUGGCAAUGCUCGUUUCCGAAUGGAACGUAUUACAGCAAUUAA